AUGCUCCCCCGCCCCCUUCUGACAACUACAUUUGGUUUGUCCUAUCGUAAAAUACCAAUCCUCGCAAUCGGAAAGGAUGUUUACUGUGACACAUCGCUCAUUAUCGAAGCUCUCGAGCAUUUUUUCCCGCCAAGCGAUGGCUGGGGCACUAUUUACCCUCCCAGUUCCAUCCCUGGCUGGAACUACCGAGGAUAUGCACGCGGCUUUGCGAGCUUUUGGACAGAUAGACCCUUUUUCCGCACUACAACAGGCCUUAUCCCCCCUUCCGUGUGGGCGUCCCCUUUCGGCACCGACCGUGCUCAGCUCAUCGGGCACACGCUCGACCCGGCAAAACUCGCCGCGAAGGUCCCGCAGAAUCUCGGGGCGUUCGAAACGCAUCUGAGCCUUUUGGAGCCAACGCUCAAAGACAGUAGUAAGUGGCUCAUGCCAACAGAGGCGCCGAGUCUUGCAGACAUAAGUGUCUACUACCAGCUCAAGUGGGGUAUGGACAUUGCACGGGGAAAAGGCGUGUACAACCUCACAGGUGGGAAUGUGGGCGAGGACGGAGAGGAUAUCGCGCAAGUUGUUUUCAAUGAAGAACGGUAUCCUGGGGUAUGGGCGUGGUUCAAUCGCUUUGAAGCAUAUAUUUCCUCGCUCCCGGAUCUGCAGACUGAGAUCACGUCCGCAGACACGCGCUGGAAGGAAGACAUUCGGCGUAUGGAGGGAGAGGCGUCGCUGGGUCUUGUGCCCACACCCGCAGGACCGAACAAGGAACUUGAUGGGAGGAGAGGCCUUGUGGAGGGCGUGCUGGUCAGCGUGGUGCCAGAUGACACAGGCAAAGGGAAUCCGACAGUAGGUACGCUGAUGCAUGUUGGGGUUGAGGAAAUCAGUAUCAAGCCCGAGGAGAAAGGCGAGGUACAUGUCGUUGUACAUUUUCCGAGGGUAGGUUUUGUGAUCAAGGGCAUGGAAGGAAGCAGGUUGUGA